GAUGGAUGAUUUGAUUCUGCCAAAUAUCAGAAUCGGCUUCGAGCUGAAAAACUCCAUUUGGGUCGGCCCCUAACAUCCAUCUGCUCGUAUCUCAAACCUCCAUCCAUCACCGUGCUGCCAUCUUAAAUACUUCUUGUAGUGAACACACAACUCCUCUUAACUGGUUGACUUCUCCUUUUUUUAAAAAUAAGCUGCGAUUCAACAGGAAGCGAGGCCAAACCGCAGAAGCAUCUCGCGCGCCUGUUUCAACACGUCUCCGAAACAGACGCAACGCCUUCGUGACCUCACCGAAGGGGGCGGGCACGGGGGCGGGCUGCGUGCAGCCGUAACAGGAAGACAGCGAAGAGAGAGCAGAAAGAGAGAGUGUGAAGAAAGUCCCCCACUGGGAAACGCCAGCAGUUUGUUGUUGUUUUUUUGUCAGCUCCGUCAGGGUUCCGACAAGAUGUAAACUUGGUCCACCGUGGUGACUGCAAGAUGUUCUAGAAGAGGUCACACAAGGCAAGAAGAUCGAUGGCGUGCGCCGAGCUGAACGUGGUCGACGUGUCUGAAGGUGCGGCCCGCACGGAGCGAGAAGGCGGGGCCCAGGCGCAGGCCGCCGAAAAAGUCACAAAUGCCGAAAAGAUCUUCAAAGCCCACCGGGACCGAGACGAGCGCCCGGAGGGGCAAAGUCCGGAUGUGGCGUGUGACUUGCUCCAGAUUCCGCGUGGAGCACGCGGAGGCGGGCCUCCUGGCGCCGGACUUCCCGGAGUCGCUGUACGAGUUGCUGUGCACGCUGCAGGAGGGCCGACGCCUCAACGACCAGCGCUGCUCCUUCACGCUGGAGGGCGGCGGCGCGACGACGAGGAGGAGAUGCCACUCCGAGCCCAACGCCGCCAAGCCGACGCACAGAGUGAUCUUCUCGUCCAUGACGUCGCUGCAGCGAGAGGAAUUUUUCGAGCUGGUGGCGAAGGCGCAGGCUCGCCGCCUGGACGAGCAGCGGGCGCAGCUGCAAAGGUCGCCGCGGGGCAAGCAGAAAGGUCGAAGCUUCCGAGGAAGUCUCAAGCAGCUCUCGUUGACCAGGAGAGUCCCCAAGGCGCCCGCCAAAGAGGAGCUCUACAACAUGAUCCUCACCACGCAGGCUCAAGGCAGGCUGGAGGAUCAGCGCAGCAGGCCUCCCGGCCCCAUGGAUGACGACGACUUCUUCUCGCUGCUGCUGAGGGUCCAGGGGGGGCGCAUGGACGAGCAGAGGACUGAACUGCCUCGCAUGCUGCAAACAUGAGGAGAACCGGAAAAAAAAAAGCUUGAAUGUGAAUGAUCGUUUUGCUUUCUUCCCAAGUCGCGCAGGUCACUGAAUGUCGGGGGGGUUGUCUGGUGCCCUCCCAACUCCGAGGAUUGUUCGCUGCCUAAAAAUUCAUUAAAGAAAAAGUGCAUCCCA